AUGUUCAAGGUCGUGCGGACCAAACAAAUUCCCACUAAGUUGAUAUAUUCGGCUUGGGCCAGGAAUUUCAGAAAUUGGACGGGAAACUGCACUUUCAUACCGAAACCUCAGGCUGCGAAGGUCUAUUGUUCACAGUCGCUAACGCUUUCCUACAGAUCUUCGGGCGAUAAGAAGUAUCAAUUGUCGGUCCCAAGAACGGUAACCAUUGCUGAGCUUAAGGCACUUGUUGAAGCCGAAUCGGAGAUUCCAGCUGAUCGUCAGAAGCUGAUCUACUCAGGCAAGGUUCUCAAGGAUGGCGACCCACUUUCCACUUACAAUGUCCAAUCAGGUCACACAAUUCAUCUGGUCAAGUCACCGGUUCCAAAGAGUUCCCAGCCGGCACCUGCAGCUGCUCCCGUAGCGGCUGGCGCCACUGGAGGCUCUGCUGAGUCAUCAGUACCUUCUAACAUUGCUGCUGGCCAAGGAGCUUUCAACCCUCUGGCUGGUCUCACCGGGGCUAGAUAUGCUGGUGCAAACAUUCCAUUACCCUCUUCUUCCAUGUUCGGGCCGGAUGGUGGAAUGGGAGCCCUUCCGGAUGAAAACCAGAUGGCCGAAAUGAUGGAGAAUCCCAUGUUCCAAGAAAGCAUGAGAUCUGUUUUGGCAGAUCCCCAGAUGCUUGAUUAUCUCAUAAACCAGUCGCCUCAGCUACGUAGCAUGGGUCCCCAAGCCAGACAGAUGCUCCAGAGCGACUACUUCAGGAACAUGAUGACCAACCCUCAAAUGAUGAGACAGGUGAUGGACAUGCAGCGUAUGAUGGGUGGUCUAGGAGGCCAAGGAGCCGGUGCAGCCUCAAUUUUUCCUGCCCCGGGUGCUACAAGCACUACCACUGGUGGUGAUGGUGCGGCUACUGUUGGCACUGACUCUACCUCGGGUUCUACCCUCGGUUCUGCCCCUGCUGCGACGACCGGUUCAGAUCCUGCAGCAAAUCCAUUUGCAGCUUUGCUUGGUGGGAAUGCUGCUGGAGCCAAUCCUUUUGCGAUGUUUGCUCCACAGGGUGACGCUGCUGGUGCCGCUAGUGGUGCUGCCAACCCCUUCUUCAACCCAGACCUCAUGAACAUGCUCAUGGGCGGAGGAGCUGGAGCUGGAGCUGGAGCAGCCGCAGCUCCUGCUGACACCAGACCUCCAGAGGAAAGAUAUGAGAGCCAGUUGCGCCAGUUAAACGACAUGGGCUUCAGCGACUUUGAACGCAAUGUGAGAGCCCUGCGGAGAAGCGGUGGCUCUGUCCAGGGCGCCUUAGAUGCCCUUCUCAACGGCGACGUGUAA